ACAAAACAGUUUCAUCAGCGUUGCGACAGGGGCCCAUCGGAUAGUGAGCGCAGAUCGCCAUCGAAUCUGCUUUGGAAGCAGAAGCAGCGAAAGUCUCGACAAUCGUGGGCUACAUUAUUGAGAGCCAUAUUUGACGAAGCCUGGGAACAUGGCUACCAAUGGAGUUACCGUGAAGACCGAACCGGGAGUCGAGCCUCGAAUCAAGCCCGACCCAGACUCCGCUGAACAAUCACCAGUUGCGUUUGAAGACGAGGACAUCUAUGAGGAUGCAGGCGAUUUGGACUUUUCACAUGCCGGAAAUCCUGUGUGGCUGAUGCGGAUACCGAAGAUUCUGUGGGAGAAUUGGUCUAACAUUGGCGAUGACGAAGAGAUUCAGAUAGGCACUGUGAGAUUGGAAGGAACGCAACAACAUGUCAACAGGCUGAGCUUGCUGUUAUCAUCUGAGCUCGAACAGAACCGCGACGUGCCAAAGGAGUACAAUCUUCGGAUCACCAAUGAAAGCCCUGCAAAUACAUACGUUUUUACCGAAAAGGAUCUACCUGGAUAUGCAUCAAAGGUGCGAAGUGGCAGACCGGUUGGGGACAGGUUGCCACCAUCAUCAAGGCCUGAAACGCACGACAGGAGAUACGGCAAGGAUCGUGGGAAGCGAUGGGAGCCAUAUUAUCGAAAAGCUAUUCCGAAGCAAACUGCCAUGGUUGGUCAGGUGCAACACGAAGUCAACUGUCUUCCGGUGGAGAACGAAGAGUCCAGAAACAUCAUGGAGCGCUGGACGUUAGAAAAGACCAAGCCGAAGAGAGAGACUAAAUUCCUUUCAGGAAAUGUUGGAGCUCAUGGAGGCAAUUUGCUGCAGCCCGGAACCCUUGGCGCAGCAGGCAAUUUCGGUGGAUUUAUCAAAACUACCGGCCCUCAGAAGGCAAGGGCGCAAGAGCAAAAAGCUGCUCGCAUUCCUCAAAACGAACUUCUGGAUCUCAUUUACCGUUGCUUCCAGAGGUACAACUACUGGUCUAUUCGGUCACUUAGAGCUGAGCUCAAUCAACCAGAGGCCUAUCUUAAGCAAACUUUAGAAAAAGUUGCCAUGCUUGUCAGACAAGGCCCUUUUGCUAUGACAUGGACGUUGAAGCCAGAGGCAAAAGAAAGCACAUAUGCUAAUGCCGAAUCGUACACUAAUGUCAAGAACGAGAUUGCUCCCGAUGCAGGAUUUGAAGGGGGCUCUGAUAUGGACGAGGGAGACGUUGGUGAUGAGGAUGAUGAUGAAAAUAUAAAAAUGGAAGACGUUCUUCCUUGACUGGGAGCUGCAUGUUUUGGUGUUUCUGAAUUAUUCAUUGCUCUCGGAUGGCGUUUUGGCGAAGCUCGGACAUUGAAAACAAUAGUCCAUGGAUAUGGGGGAAACGGCUAAAUCCAUAAGUGGGCCGGAUGAUUUUUCUUUGCAAUGAAUAUAGACACAGCUUUAAUUGAAGUUUGCGGCAGAGGCUGCUGCUGUACAAAUCUAAACCAAAGCACUUUGGGAUUUUAAUGAAGAUAUCUC